AUGGCACCCUCCCACGAAGGCGUCGUCGUCCGCCAUGCACGGCGUGAAGAUGUCCACACAAUCCUCCAACUAAUCCAAGAACUCGCCGACUACGAAAAUGAACCUAAUGCCGUAGAAGCCACGCCUGAAUCACUCCUCAAUACCCUCUCCUUUGCGCCCUCAGGCCUCGUUUCUCCGGACAACACGACUCAGUCAACCGGCGAUCCGAUUUCCCCCACACGGCCUGCACGAUGUCUGCUACUCUUUACGCCGUCUGGCGAAGCUGUCGGAAUGGCUCUUUAUUUCUAUAAUUACAGUACUUGGAGGGCGAGAGCUGGGAUUUACUUGGAGGAUCUGUUUGUUCGGGAGACUGUAAGAGGGAAGGGGUAUGGACAGAGAUUGUUAGGGGAAUUGGCAAAGGAGUGCGUGGCUAUGGAUGCAGGGAGGUUAGAGUGGAGUGUGUUGAAGUGGAAUACGCCGAGCAUAGAGUUUUACGAGAGGGUUGGUGCAAAGGCUCUGACGGAGUGGCAGACUAUGAGGGUUGAGCGGGAGGGAUUGGAGGAAUUGGCGAAGAAGGCAGGAUAG